AUGGCGCCGUCGCUGGAGGAGCCUGAGCCUAUCCAACCGGUGGACGAUGCACUAGACGCAGCAUCCAAGGCGAAACCGUCAUUAGUAGCCCCUGAGCCUGAGCAUUGUCCCGGUCCGGAGGGCGAGACUGCUGGGAAAGCUGAUGCCUGCGUCGGCUGUCCAAAUCAGCAAAUAUGUGCUUCACAAACGCCAAAAGGACCCGAUCCAGAUAUUCCUAUCAUCACUCAGCGGCUGGCACAUGUGAGGCAUAAGAUUUUGGUCUUGUCGGGCAAAGGGGGCGUCGGCAAGAGCACAUUCACGACCAUGCUUGCGCAUGCCUUCGCUUCGAAUCCCGACAGCCUGGUCGGUAUAAUGGACACUGACAUUUGCGGCCCCUCGAUACCAAAAAUGAUGGGCGUGGAACGCGAAACGAUACACGUGACGAACACCGGCUGGGAGCCAGUCUGGGUGAGCGACAACCUCGGAGUCAUGAGUGUUCAAUUCAUGCUUCCCAAUCGAGACGAUGCACUCAUCUGGAGAGGUAACAAGAAAACUGGACUUAUUAAGCAGUUUUUGAAGGAUGUCGAGUGGGGACAAAUGGACUAUCUCGUCGUCGACACCCCGCCGGGAACGACUGACGAACAUAUUAGCGUGAACAGCUUGCUGAAAGAAUCUGGCAUAGAUGGAGCCGUUCUGCUAACGACACCUCAAGAAGUCAGCUUAUUGGACGUCCGAAAGGAGAUUGACUUCUGCAAGAAAGCUGGCAUCAAGAUCAUUGGACUCGUCGAGAAUAUGAGCGGCUUUGUGUGUCCAAAGUGCACGCACCAAUCCGAAAUCUUCAGAGCAACUACCGGUGGAGGGAGACGACUGGCAAAGGAGACGAGCAUACCUUUCUUGGGCUCAGUACCACUGGAUCCUAGGAUCGGCAUGGCCUGUGACUAUGGCGAAAGCUUCUUUGACAACUUUGGUGACUCACCUGCUUGUGCUGCUCUCAAGGGAGUGGUCAGAAGAGUUGCCGAAAUGGUUGGAGAGAACCCAGACGACGUCGUAGCAGAUGUGUGAGCUUACUUGCACAAAAUGGACGUACGAAGGCCACAUGGGGAUGCCUAGAGCUAUGUCUUUGACGCUCGC